GUAGAAAAAUGGCGAAGCGGAGCUGCGGAGGCUGCAUCGGCUGAGCUGCUUCAAACACCAUUCACGGGCACUCAGUCGUCACGGACGGGGGCCACCGUGUCGCGAGGACACUGCCACAGGAGCGGGGCGAGUCCAUCUCCCAUCCGGCGGAGGUUUUCAUUUAUUGUUUUCCCUCGAAGGGGAGGCGCUGGAGCCGAGUGAGGAGCCACGAAAACAAGUCAUGAACGGGGAUAUUGUUUGCAAUUCACUUACUGUCUUAAGCCACACCAAGUCCACAUCACCAGGUCAGGAUGAAAAGAGGAUCAAGCUGACACAGGAAGGGAGAUGCCCUCCAAUAAUCUCACAGCAAAAUGAAGCUCAGUGGCAGGGAGAGGGCUGGAGAACGCAUACCAUCGCUACACCAAAAGACGCAAAGAGCCAGUGUUCACCCUUCUGGACAGAUGAACAACCGUCACCUCCGCAGCUCUACUGCCCUCAGACCUGCCUUCGUUCCCCCACCGAAACCUCCCUGCCGCUCGGCAACAGCCUAUGCCACACUCUCCUCCUCACUGGCAAUGGUGGUGCACUCCGUGGUCACAAGAGGAGAGAAAUCCGCCCCAAGGUCGGGGGAAAGAAACCAUCUCGACGAAUUGCAGCUGGGAUGAACUCCCAAAACCGAAAGGUUACUGACUACUAUCCUAUAAGACGAAGCUCGAGAAAAAGUAAAAUGGCUUUAAAGUGUGAACAGAAGCAGCUCAUAGACGAUCUCAUCACAAAUGGAAUAGAGGAAGGAAUGGAGGUGCAACAUAUAGAAGGAAAGGGGAGAGGAGUGUUUGCCACUCGGUGUUUCGAGAAAGGCGAGUACGUGGUAGAGUACCACGGAGACCUGCUGCAGAUCACCGAUGCCAAGAAGAGGGAGGCCGAAUACGCUCAGAACCCUGCCACUGGCUGCUACAUGUACUACUUCCAGUACCUCUGCAAAACAUACUGUGUAGAUGCCACUAAAGAGUCUGAUCGAAUGGGUAGGUUGAUAAAUCACAGUAAAAAUGGAAACUGCCAAACCAAACUCCACGACAUCAACGGUGUCCCUCACCUCAUCCUCGUCGCCUCCCGAGACGUCGACGAAGGCGAGGAGCUGCUCUAUGACUACGGAGACCGCAGUAAAGCCUCUAUCGCAGCUCACCCAUGGCUCAAGUUCUGAUUGAGGGGGCCUCCAAAAAAAAGGGAAACAUACAGAAACACUUGUGUUUCUCAUUUGCUAGUGUACAAAUUGCCUUAGAAACAGAAUGUGUCCCCUUUUUGUUCCAAUACCAGGGAAGCUGGUUGGGUUGAGUAGCUGUUCAUGGGGCUGGAGGGUUGAUCGGGUACUUAUCAUGUUUUCGAUUGGUCCAUCUGCCAAGUCAGAUGACGUGUAGUUUUAUUUAUAUGUGUAUAUGAGGCAUUCUAGUUGUUUUGCAGCACAUUUAUUUUGUACAUUUUUGUAUUUCCUAUAGACCAAUGCUUCUACAGCAUGCAGGUGGUAGUUGACGCUCUGCAUUUUUAUACAGCUUUUUCUUAAUUAGUGGUUAGAUACUCAGCAAUACUUCUAUUUAUGGCCCCAGAACUCCUUUAAAUCAGCGAGAACUAUGGGAUGCAAAUGACAAAGCCUUUUUAAAGACAUUCUGUGGAAUUUUUAUUUCAGCCAUUAAAAUCACACAACCUUCCAUUGUUUAGAGGGAGUGUAAUAGUUCACCACACCCAUGGUUCAGGAGGAAUUGUGGCUACUGAGCACAGAAAACAGUUGAUUCAAGUAUUAUAUUUUCAAAGUUGGUAAUAACAGUGUUCAACAAACACUUUCCUCCUGUUUUCAUGCCCUUUUCUAUUCUUUAGCACGAAUAAUCUUUUAAUAUUUUAGGUGCAUAUUUGAAUUCAGUGUUCAAAUAUCCAGGGGAGUGCAGACAGUUUUAUAUUUGUUUCCUUAAAGGCAAAUAAAUGAAAGUUUGGGUAUUAUGUAGUCAGUGUUUUCAGAAGUGAGGUCUCCUUUUUAAUUUCUCUUCCAAGGAAUUCUUUACCUGGUGACAUCUUUAUUACUGCGCUGUGUAAAUAUAUUUAUUGGCUUACGGUUGCAAAGUCGGGGGCGAUUUCAAGAAAAGGUUUGACCUUUUGGGAAAUAUGUUUGAGUUCAAUUUGAAGUUCAUUUUCUGUUAAACUUUUUAACCUAAAAUUCACUUCAUGACAGUGAUGCUGGGAAGGCAUUUAGCCUGUCACAAUAAUCGGUUAUGUUCUGUGGCUGAAUUAGUUGAGACGAAGGUAAAGAGGAACAGCGAAGCUUUCAGUCAUAGUUGAUGUUCGCAAAACCACUGACCAACAAAAUAUAUGCAAGCUAAAGAAAGUUUUAUCACAUUUAUCACUGAGCUAUGAACCAACAAACAUUUCAAAAAGGAAAACUAUACUCAGUGUCUACGUUAUUAGGUACAUCAGUGAUCUCUAAUGCAAUCUUAUACACCAGCUCAUCCAUAACUUCUCCCUUUACAAAGGUAAUAACUCUUUUUGUGUUAAUAUCACUGUAUUUUUAUUGAGGUUGAAGUUUUAGAGCAGUCUUGAGACUCCCAAGUUGUGUUCCCCUCAUUUACAAACAAGAGGAUAGAUGAACAUUACAAAACAUUGCAGUCCAGUUGAACACCACUGCAAACUACAACCUUUAUAAAGAAUAAAUAGUUGAAUUACCACCUUUCAGACGGUGUCUAUCAUAAAGCUAUUAUCUAAAUGUAGAAUUAAUGGUUAUUAUGAUCAGAGGAGCAGUAGAUUCAUUGGAAUAUAGUUUAAUGUUUUGUUUAGAAGGAAACUUGGUCGACAAAUAAAAGCAUCAAAUCUGAGUCCUCAGCUGCUUCCAGCCUUUCGGCUCAGCUAAGCUAACUGUAGCUUCAUAUUUAGCAAGACUGCUAUCAGUGUUUUAAUUUAACUCUCUCCAAGAAAGCAAAGAAACAUGCUUCCCAAAAUGUCAAAUUAUUCAUUUAAAAGUAAGUAGGCUAAAGUAUCUGGAGGGAAAACACAUGAGUUUAAUGCUCACUCAAUAGAAGACAAGGGUCUGAUGGACUAGUGCACUCCCUCUAUAUAACAUUUCUACACAUCGGGGGGGUUUCGAACCCACAAAGCUCUCAUCUUCUUCACAACCCGAUAUUCAAUGUGAAAAGUAAUUAUUUAUAAUUUAGUUUAUUUAAAGCUGAACUGCCAACAGGUCCUUUUUGUUUUACUUGACAUUUUAUCAGUUUUUCCAAUGUAUUACUGAAGCCAGAAGGUCCACGAGUUCUGUCACACACACAAUCACUUACUGGAAAGUUUUGAUCCCGUUUCUCUUUUCAAUUAACCAGAAAACCACUUUUUUUAUAUACUUUGGCUUCAAAUCUCCUUGAAGCAAUUGACCAUAUAUCAUUAUAUCUGAAAAUUAUUGUCGUUGAUCAACUAAUCAACUAAUUGUUUUAACCCCUUAUAAAUUAGAAUCAGUAUUUUACUUUGAUUAAUCCCACUUCUUUGGUCAUAUAUUAUGUUACCACAGAAAAAUGGCCACAUGCUGUUUAGCAACUGUGACGUUGAUCCUUACCGGAUAACCCAUUGGAAAGGAAGCAGCAGAAUCCUCUGCCGGUCACUGGGGACGGUUUAAAGUACAACAAUCUGUUUUAAAGGAAAAGACGGGUGAGAUUCUAUGUUUUCUGAAGCUGUCAGAAAAUCUACUGAAAAGACUCAAAACAACAAUAUGUUAGUUCAUUUCACAUGAGUUUUUCAACAAACAGAUGAAAUUGUGCAUUUGUUGGGGACUAUUUUCAUUAGCGGAUUAAUCCACAUUUGGUGCUGUAGUGAGUAUAUGUAUAUGGCAGGGUGUGUGGGACUGAGUCUAAAUAAACCACAGCGUGUGUGUGUUCAUGAUGAAAGAACUUGUCAGCCAGUGCACCAGUGACUCACUGGUGUGUUUUUAACGGUUUAUUGCUGGUUGAUGUCUUUUCAUGGGAGUUACUCAGUCAGAAAUACAUUUGAAUAUCACCCGUCUCCUUUCAACAUUUGUUCGCCAUAAGUCAUUAUUUGAAUAUAUUGGUUCAGCACAAGUACGAUGAAUUUAAGUGGAUUUGUGUUGGCAUUUACAUAUUUUUUCUGUCUCCCAGUGAAAUGUCUCGGCAGACAUGGACUUAUGCAUCUUCACUUCUUCUAGCAGGGUAACACAUGAAUUCAUUCACUUGUGGUGUCUUUAGUAUGAUGUAAAUUUGAGUAGUUUAAUGUAAUUGUUUCGCGGGAUCCUGGGGCUCCGUCUUAAUAGGAAUAGUUUCACGGUUUGGGAAGCUCACUUAUUUGCAUUUUUGCCAGAGAGUAGAGGAGAAUAUUAUUUCAUUUCAUUAUUUAUAAUUUUCAUUGCAGCUAACGUGGGACUUGACCAAAUGAUAUCCAUCCUCUUUUCGUACAUCCCUUAAUCAAGAGAGGACAACUGCGGUUCUUAAAGUUUUCCAAAUAUUCAGUAUAUUAUUGAAUUCCAGGAUUCUUUUGAUUCCAUAUUUCAAUAUCAUUCAAACACUAAAAGUAUCAUCAGUGUUAAAUCGAGGAGCCCAUGUGAGAAAGAGAGGUUUAGGAAAUACACUGUGUGUAAAACAUAAAAAUCCAUUUCCUUCUUCCCGUACAUGUUCCCUGUCACCUCUUACAGUAGCAUUGUGUUGAAAGUGUGAAAUGUUUUCAUAUGAGCCUUUCUUAAACAAAUAUCUUCCGGGUUAUUUCAUGUUUUUCUAUGUAGAACUAAUGCAAUAAUAUCUGAGGGAAAGAACUGACCUGUUGGCCAUUUUAGGACAUAAUAAAUCUUUGCUGUUGUAGCUUUGAAUAAAUCAUAAUGCUGGGGUGAAGGCAUCGAUGAAUAAAGAUGUGUUAUGCAAGUAA